GCGAUUUAUGCAAAAGAAGCCCAUUUUUCCACGCUGAUUUGCUUUUGUCCAACACAUCUGCGGAGUGUGUACGGUGGACAGGCCCUCGGGAGGUGAUCUUGUGAACACUUGCUGAGGAUCCUUGAUGCCGAGUGCAGGAUGUUUCCUACCAGUUUGAAGCCAUGUCUGAAGGGUUCCGAGGUGGAAUGUUUUGCGCUGGCCGAUGGCGUCGUCGGGGGGGGGGGGCACUGCACCGCAUGCCCAUGGUGACGAGGAAACAGCUGACGCAGGCAACAACGGCAUAGACCAACAUCUGAAGGAUGACAGUGGAAAAAGUUUGGACACCCCUGCCAUAUGGUCUCCACAUCAAAGGUCCAUUUCCCUACGAAGACCAUGCAUCCUGCCCAUCAACCAAUGGCCUCACCAGCCAAGUUUGAUCACUCUAUGGAGGCUGUACACCCCUCCCAUCCCCACACCGCUGGCCCAUCACCAAAUGUCCACACCUAUGGUCCUUCACCCGGCGUACACAAUAGCUUGCUACCUGAAUCCACCUGAGAAUAAAAAGGCAGCUUUCCUGGCACCAGACAGGAGAGAUGCAGGCAACCCAUCUAUUGAGGACACUAUCUGUUAUCAACCACAGGCAGAAAAAUCAUGGACGCCAUGUGAUGGAUGUAGGGAGGAGUUGGAAAAAAUGUGGGCAGAAAAAGAAGGAAUUGAAGAAGUCCUCUUGAAAAUAGAUCCGGUCCAAGUCAGAGUACUUCAAACUCUCUGCGACUUGGUUGGAGACAAAUACAGCGACGGCCCUCCUCAACAAUCGGGCCAGCAAGAGCUCUUUCCUGAGAGCGGCGUAUUCAUAUCAUUGUUCCGCCUUGCUGCCAUGAGACAUGCUGCAGAGCCCAAAUGUAUGCCUUUAUUUGGACCUCUUUUUUCUACGUGUCAAAAUGCUGUCCCUUUUUGACGCCCUGGAAACAAACCUGCAGGAACACCAAAGCACAUCCUUAAGCGGAAAAAAGUGGAAGGAAUCCUUAGUAAGUUUUCCCAAACAGAGGGUGUUUUCAGGCCAAAAUUGGGUCACAAUAAUGAAAUAGAAGUUCAAUAUGAGAAAUGUUGAUCCCUUUUCGAUUACAGCAGACUGGAAGCAUAACUGAAUGUUACAUCAUUACAAUUUGUUAUCCACUCAAAACUAGCGUUAUGAUGAGCAAUAUAGUCUGAUGUCCAUCAACUUGAAGUGUGGUUGUGUGUAUUAAUGGUUUUGCGUAAAUGAAGGCUUUAAAGGGCAAUAAAAAAGCAUUAAAUGAGGCAUUUAAAAAAGGGAAUAUGAUUGUAGGACAUGGCGGACAGUCAAUAUGUCAAACGGGAAAGGAAAAUGAACUUAAGAAGGUUACAGUCAUCUGUCUGUGUGUUUCUUUUUUGAACUGCAUACAAGAGGUAUUGUAAGGUGGGAACACGACAAAAGCACUGCUUCAAUCAAGCAAAAUGAAACAUCAACUUUUCCAUUCUUUGGUCACUGUAGGCGUGUAGUCCUUAACUGUGACACCAUGUCAGGAUAAUGGAGAAGCUGAGCCGACACGGAGUCGUUUUUUUCAAUCAUCUCCA